CCAGCUUCGUUCGCAGGGCUGCGGGAACAACCGCGGUUUUACACCGAGGCCGCUUUUAAAAAGCGGGACGCUUUUCACCAAACCCCCGCGCCGGUCCCCGCCGGGGACCGGACACACGCUGGGCAGGGCGGAACGGCACCGCCGGGACCUUUGCCGCGGCGGGUGGAGGGCAGGGGGGGGACGCUUUUCGCGGUGCGCCGCGGUGGCUCUGCAAGAUGGCGGCGCCCACUGCCCGCUGCCUGUGGCGAGUGCUGGCCCCACGUCGCGGGUGGGUCUUCCCCGGGCUCGACCAGCGCCUCGCCGGCGCCUCGGUGAGCGCCGCGCCGCCCGGCCGGCCUUACGCUGCGGCAGCCAAAACUGCCAAAAAAGAUUCACAAAAGACCAAGCAGGAAGAAAAAAAAACCAAGCCAGUAACUAAGAGGCGGCUGCUGAAGAGCAAGCCUGUGGAUGAUGUAUACUUGACGUGGUAUUAUGAACGGCCAUCCUAUGAUGUGGAAGUAGCUGUGGGUAUGCUAAAGAAAUUUCAAGAACUGGAUUUCACUGGCCCCAGACAGUAUAUCUACGUUAAUGUAUUCCUAGAUAUGGCACUACAGAAGAAGAAAAAAGUGGAACCAUUUGCAAACACUGUUCUUCUGCCAUAUCGCUUUAUAGAUGAAAUGAACAAGGUCUUGGUUUUCACGGAGAAUGAGCAAGAAGCUGAAAUAGCUCGAGAGAAUGGAGCUGCUGUUGUGGGAGGAGUUGAAUUAAUCAAAUGGAUUUUGGAAGAUGAAAUCCAAGUGGACUUCUAUGUAGCUGUUCCUGCAAUAAUACCUAAGCUAAUACCGUUAAGGAACAAACUAAAACAAAAAUACCCAAGCACAAAAAAAAAUUCUCUGGGCCAUGACAUUCCCAAAAUGCUGCAACUCUUCAGAGAAGGUCUUGAGUACGCAGUAACAGAUGAGUGUGUAAUCAAGACAAGAAUAGCAAGACUGGAUAUGCCUACUGAGCACAUAGUUGCCAAUCUCAAAACACUUAUCCACGAUAUCUGCACACUCAAGCCAUCGACUUCUGGUCCCCUUGUGCAGAAGUUGGUUAUUAGAUCUGCAACCAGUGAAGGUUUGCUCUUGAACCUUGAUGGACUUCUGCCUCAGGUGGAGAAAGUAGGAGAUGAAGAAAAAAAUACAGAAGGCGAUGAAGAAAAACACGUCCAAGAAUCUCCUAGUACCUGACAUCUUUCCUUGUAGACCUGAUGAUCAAGCUCAGGAGGGAAAUGGUGUAAUUCAAAUCCCACUUUAUGAAAAUUAAAAAUAAAUCUAAUUUGUGACUUUCACUUUCAAAUUCUGUAACAAGAAACAUUGUCACAAACAGGAGUGUGUUGUCAAAACUGAAGACGUUUUAAAUGCCUUUUGUCAGUAGCUGAAAGCUUCCCAGUCUGUGUGCUUGGUUUUUUUAUUUCUUUGCAUGUAAUAAUACUUACUUUAAUAAAAGUAUUUCUAUAA